GAAAUGGAGGGGUGUGUGUCUAACCUUAUGGUCUGCAACCUGGCCUACAAUGGGAAGAUGGAGGAGUUGAAGGAGAGGAUCUUGGCCGAUAAAUCCCUGGCUACUAAAACGGACCAGGACAACAGAACUGUAUUGCAUUGGGCAUGUUCAGCGGGACACACAGAAAUAGUUGAAUUCUUGCUACAGCUUGGAGUGCCAGUGAAUGAUAAAGAUGAUGCAGGUUGGACUCCUCUUCAUAUUGCUGCUUCUGCUGGCCGGGAUGAGAUUGUAAAAGCCCUUCUGGGAAAAGGUGCUCAAGUGAAUGCUGUCAAUCAGAAUGGCUGUACUCCCCUGCACUAUGCAGCUUCCAAAAACAGGCACGAGAUUGCUGUCAUGUUGCUAGAAGGUGGGGCUAAUCCAGAUGCUAAGGACCAUUUUGAGGCAACAGCAAUGCACCGGGCAGCAGCCAAGGACACUUAGCCUGUGAUGAGGAGAGAGUGGAAGAAGCAAAAGUGCUGGUGUCCCAAGGAGCAAGUAUUUACAUUGAGAAUAAAGAAGAAAAUACACCCCUGCAAGUGGCCAAAGGUGGCCUGGGUUUAAUACUCAAGAAAAUGGUGCAAGGUUAAGCAGCUUAGAUUUUAACUUUGUGUGUUUUAUGGUUUUCCCCAGUGUCCUGGAAACGAAUGUACUUGUGCACAAUACAUCAUCUGUGAAUGAUGUUUUCUUACCUUCAGAGUCUUAUAAACGUUGACUAUUGUUCC